GUUCUGAAUUUGAUCACAUCCGAAGUUGCCAGUGAGCUGCUAAAUCCUCCUUUACUAAUAAUUACUUGAUCGGUAAAUCGACUCUUUCCCGUUCGCCGCCGGAAUGUCUCUUGCUCUAGGAGUAAGGCUGAUUUCCCGGCCAGCAACUACUUCCGAUCUCUUGUUUCCUCCCCAGCCUCAGAACACAACAAAUUCUUCCACUCUCAGUUCGCCCGCCCAAAUCUACCGCCCGGGAAACACUCACAGAGGCGGGACUACGGCACGCCAGGAAGCAGAUCCGAUCAAUUCCAGCUUCGGCCUCAGCCUAUGUCUUCACGCCUUCCACUCGAGUAAGACCCCCGGUAGCUGCGGAAAGAUGAUGAAAAGGUUUUGCCGGAUGUAUUUCGGCAAACAGAGCUUCGCGGCCGCGGCCGGUGGUGCGGGGUCGGGUCAUCCGGCGGAGGAAUCGGAUCUUCAGCUGAACGGAGAUGGUGGCUCCUGUGGCGGGGACGGGGGCGGUGGAGGAAAAGAGGGCAGCGGUGGGAGUUUUGACGGCGGCGAUUUGAAAUUGGAAGCGUUUUCGCUGUGGUGGUGGUGGCAACGGCAGUCGCAACCCGAAACUGGGAAGAAAAGGUUCGAAAUUUAUAUGCCGAUCGAAACUGGGUGGCGGCCGGAGAAGAAAUUUUCGGAAAGGGGAAAAAAUUCGAACAAAGGCGAGGAGCGGCGGAGGUGGUGGCGGCGUCUUUUGGGGAACCUGAAGAAGGCGCUUGGGAAAAUCCCAGAGACUCUUCUGGAAGCAAUUCUAUUGCCAUUCGUUUGGACAGCCAUAUUAAUAUCGGAGCCAGCAUCGCGGCGGUUUUACCGGCAGUGUUUCCGGCCAUUCGUACCGUACCCAAUUGCCUUCAUUCAGUACUUCAAUAAGUCGUUUGAUUAUGUUAUGACCGUCACGCUUCUACUGAUGUCGGGCACAUCUCUGCUGCUCUUAGCGCUUCUGUGGUGGUGGGCUUGGCGGUGCCACCUCGGUGGUGACACUGACUCCGCCGGAGACGACAGCGUUGUUGGUCAACAUUCUCAGGAUGAUUACGACGGCGAUGAAGAUUGAAUCGUAGCUGUUUUCCCCUUUUACUAGUUAGUUUUCAUUGAAGGCCUGUAGUGUUUUUCUGUUUUUUCAUAACGGGUUCUGUUAUUGCCUUGUUUCGCUGUAAUUUGAUUGAGGAAGUCAGUUAUAAUUAUGAACAUUUUUCAAUCUAUUAAAACUAGUUGAUUCAUAACAUGAUAUGAGAAUUUAUAUUGUUGUGAAAUCACGUGUCAAGUACUACCAACUUCUAAUAUCAACUGUGAAUCUAAAGCACAUUGAUAUGACAUGUUAGCAUAAGGGAGAACUAGUUAGGUCUGGAUUCGAGUGACAGUUUGUUACAAGAAUCAAGUCAUCUUAAUAACUGGGCCUCGUUCUG